UUGAAAUAGAAAAGGAAUGGCUCUUACGAACUUUUAAGGUUUCUAGAAUUGAAAUUAGAAAUGGAAUAACUCUUGUGAACUUUUUGAAGCUUUUGAAAUUAGAAUUGGAAAUUAGUAAUACAGCUUGA